CGCGUGCAGCGACUGGUUCCGCACGUCCCCCGCAGCCCUCACCGUUCUGUCAGCUCCAGCGCCGCAGCUGCCGCACCGGGAAGAUGAAAGAAACAAUUAUGAACCAAGAAAAGCUUGCGAAGCUACAGGCCCAAGUACGCAUCGGUGGCAAGGGUACCGCGCGCAGAAAGAAGAAGGUUGUCCACAGAACAGCUACAGCAGAUGACAAGAAACUUCAAUUUUCUUUGAAGAAACUGGGAGUCAACAACAUUUCUGGAAUUGAAGAGGUGAACAUGUUUACUAACCAAGGAACAGUCAUUCACUUCAAUAACCCUAAAGUUCAGGCUUCUCUGGCUGCCAACACUUUCACUAUCACCGGCCAUGCUGAGACAAAGCAGCUGACAGAAAUGCUUCCUAGCAUCUUAAACCAGCUUGGAGCUGACAGUCUGACCAGCCUGAGGAGAUUGGCAGAAGCCCUGCCCAAGCAAUGUGAUGAUACUUCUCUCUUACCAACUUCCCACUGAAAAACUCAUGGCAGAAGUAGUCUUUGGAAAGUGGGAUAAACUUCUUUCCCUGUGGUGCUCAGGUCCUUCUUUCUGAUGUCACCUUUGUGGCUUCCUUGUGGUAGUAGUAGGACUUGAAAGGAAAAGAAAAAAUAUUCUAAAAUGAUCCCUGAAGAUGUCUUUUCUCAUACAAAGGUGGGUAUAUUCUGGGUAAGACUAAUUAUGAUAUUUUAAUGCCUGGGAAGUUUAAAGUGCUUGCUUUGUGUGACUUAGUAAAUUACUGUUCUUUCCACUUUGGGUGGAUACCAGAAUAAUGCACAAAACUUUCCAUUCAGCGUUGUCUUAUAGAUUUGGAAGCCUGACACCAAAAAGUGAAGCGUUCAUGAUGAUUCCAUUUGCAGGUGCUAAAGUAAACUUCCUCUGGCGUUGAAUGAGAGAGAAUGUGGGUGAUUUAGGAGGAGAUAACAUGGUUUGCUUUUAAAAUGUCUUAUUUGACACCAAGAUGCACUUCAACAAUUUUUUUGCUGUUAAAAAGGAAAAAAGAUGGUUAGCUGUGACAUCCCAAGCCCUUUCAGACCAUAGUUUAUGUUCAUCUGGUUUGGUUCUCUAGAAGUCAGGGUACAGUAUGAACCCAUCUCUUGUGCUUUUUUUGAAAACUGAGAAGGAUUAACUAGGAUAAAACUGAGGUGGUAGAGAAUACAAGACAGCUUACCAUUGGUAGCACAGGUAAGAGUAGCAGUAAAAGUAGUGGCACAGGCACCCUGGGACCUGGGAUACCUCUUAGCAUUAUAUUGCUGCAAUUCAGCAAAUGCUCAUUGGUCUGAUACCAUGGUUAUGUCUCACUGGCUCUUGCAAGUACAAUGGGGAUAAUUAAGAAGUGACUGUGUCAAUGGACCAGAAUAUGUGAUCACUUCAACCACAUAAGUGUGCAGUUGUGUAUCCAGCUCCACAUUCCUCUGACUUUGCCGCUUGAGGUACAGCUUCACAAUUUCAUCUCCUGUUUUCCUUGAAAGCAUAUGAUGGUAAGAUCUUGUCUUUAAAACUUGGUGCUAUAAAAUACAUAAAUCUUAACCACAGAAUAGUCAAUGAACAAAACUGCUUUUAAGAGAAAUUGAUAAAAUUGGUCUCUGCACUUGGAGCUGAAAAUGACUUCUGUGCAAGGCACACAGUAUAAGCUAGAAGAUGGGGACUGGUAAGCUGGUAUCACAUGCAUCUUCUUGUUUCCGGGCGGGGCUCUUUGAGCACCCUUAGUAACAAAGGGAAUGUGAACUUCCUAGGUUAGCUGAAGAUUGUUCUUCAACGGGGUAAGUAUGUAAAGCAUUGCAGCUUAGCUGAGAGACUUUGAUCAUGUUUUCAAAAAACAUAAGUACAGCAACUAAUCAAGAUACCGAUGGUGAGCUUGACUGAUGCUUUUGAACUACUUG